AUGAAGAUGCAACUUUCUUUCGGCCUGAGCAUCGGAGCUCUUCCGGUUGCUCUCGGUUUCUCCCACUUUGCUCAGGAAGGUGGUAGCCUUGCAGCCCAGGCUUCCCGUCAGAUUCAGAACAGGGACAGCGGACUGAAGCCGCACCACUACACCUGGACUGCCCCGGGAGAGGACGAUGUCCGUGCUCCUUGCCCCGUUCUCAACACUCUUGCCAACCAUGAAUUCCUCCCCCAUAACGGCCGGAACAUCACUCUUGACAAGGCCAUUGAUGCUCUCGGAAGCGCCAUGAACAUUGCGCCAGCCCUGGCAACAACGUUCUUCAACGGCGGCCUCCGCACGAACCCCACCCCCAACGCCACCUGGUUCGACUUCGAUAUGCUGCACAAGCACAACAUCCUCGAGCACGACGGUAGCCUGUCCAGACGCGACAUGUAUUUCGACACGUCCAACCGCUUCAACGAGGAUACGUUCGACAACUUCCUCAGCUACUUCGACAGCAACGCCACAGUCCUUGGCGUGAACGAGACUGCUGUGGCUCGCGCUAAGCAUGCGUACGAGAUGAGCAAGAUCAACCCGGAGUUCACCAUUACUUCAACAAACCUCCCGAUCAUGGUUGGCGAGAGCGUCAUGAUGAUGUUGGUGUGGGGAAGCGUGGAGAAUCCGGGUGCGAACAGGGAGUUCUUUGAGUAUUUCUUCAGGAAUGAGCGCCUCCCCGUUGAGCUGGGCUGGACGCCUGGAUCCACUGAGAUCGAGGUUUCUAUUGUGCAGUCGCUGAGUGCCGCAAUGCUCAGUGCCAGCCCGAGCGACGUUCCUCUCCUCUUUUCUCCUUAG